CAACUGUGACGGUAACAGAAUGACCUGUGUUGACGGUGUGUGUCUACCUCGCUGUGUCAGUGAGACGUCAUCUGGACAGUGUCUCCAGUGUCGGGACUCCAGGUUCUAUGGAAAACAGUGUGAACAUGACUGUCCAGACACCUGUCUCAACUCUCGCUGCAAGAGGGACAACACCCGUGUUGUGUGUACAGAGGGAUGUGUGGCCGGCAAGAAGGGAUAUAACUGUGGUGCGCCCUGUCCUACACCCUGUACACAGUGUGAACGUUAUGGUGAUGGUUGUACAGGACCGUGUCUGAAUCCCCGGUAUUACGGUCCACACUGUAGAACACCUUGUUCCUCCAGCUGUACAGAUGGAUGUAAUAGGAUCACGGGGGAGUGUGGCAGCUGUGAGACAGGUUACACGGGGAAGUACUGUGUCAGCUGUGAGCCAGGUUACAGAGGGAAGUACUGUAACGAUUCAUGCCCAUCACAAUGUACAGAAUGCCAGCAGCACGGUGUGAACUGUAUAGGACAAUGUCACAGAUGGAACUACCACGGAAAUGAUUGUACUCUUCAGUGCCCGGUACAAUGUCGUGAAUGCGUCAAGGAGACAGGAUUGUGUGUCCAGUGUGCUGAACAGCACUGCCGGGCUGGGUGCGGUGAUCAGUGCACACCUUGUAAAGGGGAAGACUGCCAUAGUCCAACAUGUAAAAUGAUAUGUCCUGCAAACUGCGUCGAGUUUAACUAUUUCAGUAAGACAUGUAAUACACCAUGUAUCAACAAGAACUACUUUGGACAGGCUUGUAACAUCCCCUGUUUUGAUAAAUGUGAUACAUGUGAUAAAGACACUGGGAAAUGUAUUAGUUGUAAACUGGGAUUGAGAGGAGAGUUGUGCGAUGACACAUGCCCGUCUAACUGUACACAGUGUGAGCGCUAUGGGGACAUAUGUAUUGGCGCAUGCCCAAACAGUGGUUACUAUGGACGCGACUGUUCGAUCCAAUGCCCUGUCAGCUGUGAAGGAUGUCACAAGGAAACUGGACUGUGUUUGGAGUGCGCCGAGGGAUUCAGCAGGACAUACUGCGAUGAAAUAUGUUCUCCGUGUUCAGAGAACACCUGUUACAGAACACCUUGUCGAAAACGUAAAACUGACCACACCGUGGCCAUUACUACUGGAACAGUUGCUGUAGUCAUUGUGCUGGCAUUGAUCAUUGCGUUUUGGAGACACACGCAGAAGGGGAAUAGAACCCUUGGUAGCGGCACAAACGGCACCACCCUCAGCGAGUACAGUGACAGCCUGGCACACAGGUACUGGGAAAUAGGUGAUAAUCACGAGUCUGGUCAGACAAGUCCCCCGCAACCUGAACAUGCAGAUCAACCUGCAUUACCUCUCACAGAGAUCCCCCACAGAAGACUUGCAACAAGGAACCUUUUGACAGAUGGCCAGCGAUGUCAAAGAAAAUCGUCUUCUUUGUCAGAGACAAGAGCAGUGAGUGAACCCGAACUGACAGCUCCGGAUGCUGAUGUGGGUGGUGGUGUUGUUAGAGCCUCGUCCUUGCUGUUGUUGGGAGGAACAUCAGCUGGGAGUGACAAUGAGUCACAGUAUCAGAGUAGUCAGGAAGUAGGUGUCGCUGAUAUGGUUAUGUCGGAACAAAUCGAGCGAUUGACCAGAAAGACUGCUUCAAUUAUAUUUAUUGAAGAAAGUUGUGAUCUGUCAAAUGUAUGUGUGAAAUAUCUUGCCACUAAUAAUGUUGAGGAUAAAAGUUCACCUUAAUUAUAUAAUUUAUAUAAUUAAUUAUAUUUGAAUAUUGUUAAGUUGAAGCGGAAAUUUGUCAACAAGAAAUGAAGUAUUCACGCCAUCAAAGCUUGAAUCAAGAAACCGUUUUCAACAUUAAAAUAUCUUCAAUGUGGAUUCUUACUCCCAGACUAACCACUGCUUAUUCUCUUGAACGUUCAUAUUCAUAUCUACUUUCAUUUGUUUAUGUUCCGGUUCCGGUACCUCGUGCUUAUCAACGCCAAAAAAUGGGAUCAUUCGCGACGUGAUGAAUCUGGCCGAUUGUGUGCCAUCGUUCAGAUGUUCAAUCACUGGUCGUUGAAAUGUUGCUGAGGCCUAAAGUGGUUACUUUCCGCAAACCAUUCUUUAUCCGUUUAGUUUUCAUUAAAUGUUAUACAAUGUAUAGUUAUUCCAUUUUAUGAAUAUUAUGGUCAUCAUUAUGUUGCAAUAUAUUAUGUUUGGUUUUCAUGUAAAUAAUCCUGUAAAUGGUUACAGUGCAAAUAGUAUAGUUCCAUUGUUUGUUUUACAUUAUCUGCUGAGAAGCAAUAAAUUUCAACGAUGAAACACUUUUUAUUCUUUGUCAUACACCCUCUUUCAUAGCAUCGGUUCUACAUCAUUAAUCAUAAAGCUUUUAUAACACUGAUGCAGUUUUAUCUAUUUUCGCCCUAAUUUCAGCUUUUGUCAUAGCUAGGAGUGAAUAUAUAAUAAAUGC